AUGGCAGCAGUCCUGAUUUUCCUGACCUUUCUUCUGCCACUUGGAGCUGGUGCAGAGAAGAUCAUCGGGGGCCAUGAGGUCAAACCCCACUCCCGCCCCUACAUGGCAUUUGUUCAAUUUGUGAAUAUUGAUGGAAGUAAGAGUCGCUGUGGAGGCUUCCUGGUAAAAGACAACUUUGUGCUGACAGCUGCUCACUGCAUGGGAAGCUCAAUGAGAGUCACUCUAGGAGCCCACAACUUAAUGAUCAAAGAGAAGAGCCAGCAGAUCAUCUCUGUGGCUAAAGCCAUCCCACACCCAGACUACAAUCCUAUGGAUAACUCCAAUGACAUCAUGCUCUUAAAGCUGGAGAGGAAGGCCAAGAGGACUAAAGCUGUGAAGCCCCUCAACCUGCCCAGGCGUAAAAUCCAGGUGAAGCCGGGGGAUGUGUGCUCUGUGACUGGUUGGGGAAGGAUGGACCCCGAGGGUGACUAUUCAAACACACUUCAAGAGGUAGAGCUGACAGUCCAGAAGGAUCAGGAGUGUGUGUCCCGCUUUCCACGUUCUUACACCAAAGCCAUUGAAAUCUGUGUGGGGAACCCAAAGAUCAAGCGGGCUUCCUUUAAGGGCGAUUCUGGAGGGCCUCUCCUGUGUAACAAAGCGGUUGCAGGCAUCGUCUCCUAUGGGUUUAAAAAUGGUUCACCUCCGAGAGUCUUCACCAGAGUGUCAAGUUUCCUAUCCUGGAUAGAGGAAAACAUGAAACACAAUUAA